AUGGCUCGAACUGUGGAACAGAUGCAGCUUAGCGUAGAAGGUACAGAUGGCACUCAAGAAGAACACAGCUACAAAAGGCCUACGGUCAGCAGAACAACUUUCCUCAACGCCCCAGCAACCUGGAUUGAGUCCGAAGAGAGAAGACGCAUAUUCUGGACAGUGUUUCUCAUGGACCGGUUUUGCAGCGUUGCGACAGGUCUAACCAAUGCAGACGUCCACCGACGACUUCCAUGCGAAGGCGCACUCUGGGAAGCCGGGAAGCCUGUCCGCACUCCUUUCUUCGGUGUUGCGUCUCGCACAUCUGCCGCGGUGGUAGACACAGAGUCGACCAUAACCACUACAGAGCGGCAAACUACGGACAACGAGGAGGUUCAGUGCAUGGGCGGUUUUGCCUUCAGCAUCGAGGCCAUGGAAAAUCUCAAUCUUGUCACGACCUUCUUUCUUCGUCAGUCAACAAGGUUUCAAAAUGCAAAGGAGGCCCAAAUAUGGUUGAUGCAGUUCAAGGAGCUGGACAUCCGACUAGUGCGAUGGAGAUUGUUCUUGCCUACCCAAUGGGCGGAAGCCUCUUCACCUGACAUCAAUGGCGGUAUGGACCCAAAUCUGGUACUCGCUCAUCUUGCACACAAUGCCGCUUGCUUCAGUUACACCAAAGUGUGGCCUACCCUGCAAAGGAGCUGUCUGCUAUACCGAUAG